AUGGCGCCCAAUGCUGCUGGCCGCUUUCUGGCCAAAGUCUUGGGUAUCGACCUCGACUACCGCAAGGAACACGAGGGCCCACUUGCGUCCGCUGCAGCUUCCGUGGCCUCUGUUGACACCUACGUUGAACGGGAACCGACAACCUUAGAAUGGGUUUCACGAUUCCGACCCACGGCUACGGGCACCAAGAAUUACUUCCGCAGCCUCUUCCCCUUCUGGAACUGGAUCUUUCACUACAACUUGACCUGGCUCGCCGGAGAUGUCAUUGCUGGUGUAACCGUUGGCUUCGUCGUCAUCCCCCAAGGUAUGGCCUAUGCCAAACUGGCGCAGCUUCCGGUCGAGUAUGGCUUGUAUACCUCAUUUGUCGGCUUUUUACUCUACUGGGCAUUUGCAACCUCCAAGGACAUCACCAUCGGAACUGUAGCCGUCAUGUCAACCAUCGUUGGUAACAUCGUCAUCAAGGUCCAGGCCGAAAGUCCGGAAAUUCCCGCUGAAGCGAUUGCAAGAGCACUUGCAGUCAUCGCUGGCUCUGUCCUCCUGUUCAUCGGUCUGAUUCGAGCUGGCUGGAUUGUCGAGUUCAUCUCCCUCACUGCCAUCACGUCUUUCAUGACCGGAGCUGCUCUCAGCAUUGGUGUUGGGCAAGUGCCCACCCUCAUGGGCAUUCCCAACGUCAACAAUCGGGAUCCGACCUAUCUCGUGAUCAUCAACACGCUCAAGGGGCUGCCGAACACGAAGCUGGAUGCUGCUAUGGGCCUGACCGCAUUGACGAUGCUCUAUGGUAUCCGCAUCUUCUGCAGCGUCAUGUCUAAGAAACAGCCGCAUAGGAAGAAGAUGUGGUUCUUCAUCUCGACGCUCCGCAUGGCUUUCGUCAUUCUCUUGUACAUUCUCAUCAGCUGGCUUGCCAACAGGGGCAUCAAAGAUGCAAAGAAGGCAAAGUUCAAGAUCUUGGGCAAGGUACCCAGAGGCUUCCAACACGCAGGCGCUCCCAAAAUGAACACGGAGAUUUUGUCCGCAAUCGCGCCCGACAUUCCCGUUACCAUCAUCGUCCUCAUUCUAGAGCACAUUGCCAUUUCAAAGUCCUUCGGCCGCAUUAACAAUUAUACCAUCAAUCCUUCGCAGGAGCUUGUAGCGGUCGGGUUCACUAACGUGCUCGGGCCCUUCUUGGGUGCUUAUCCUGCCACUGGCUCCUUCUCACGCACCGCUAUCAAAUCGAAGGCUGGCGUCCGCACCCCGUUGGCCGGUAUCUUUACCGCCGUCAUUGUCCUCCUGGCACUGUACGCACUGACGGCUGUCUUCUUCUACAUUCCAAAUGCAGGUCUCGCGGCCAUCAUCAUUCACGCGGUUGGGGAUCUCAUCACCCCUCCAAACGUGGUAUACCAGUUCUGGAAGACGUCUCCUCUCGAGGUUGUCAUCUUCUUCGCAGGCGUGCUGCUUACUGUGUUCACGAACAUCGAAAACGGCAUCUAUCUGACCAUCUGUGCGUCUCUCGCAUUGAUGUUAUGGCGUCACUUGAAGUCUCGCGGCGUCUUCCUUGGCAAGGUCACCGUCUACCGAGCCACUCCUGACGCAUUGGCACGCAACGGAGACGCGUAUGGACCUGGCGGAGAGGCGCUCACACGAGAGGCGUAUCUCCCUGUCAAUCAUCACGACGGGUCGAAUCCGGCCCUCAAGUUCGACACUCCCUAUCCCGGAGUAUUCGUUUAUCGCUUCAGCGAAGGCUUCACCUACCUCAAUCAGCAGCAUUACCUUGACGCGUUGGUAGAGCAUGUCCAGGCAACCGCGCGGCCGACGAAACUCGACCGCUACGAAAAGAUCGGAGACCGCCCGUGGAAUGAUCCCGGACCCCGCCGUGGGCAGCAGAUAAACCUGGAGGACAGCCGACCGUUCCUGCGUGCCAUUGUCCUGGAUUUCAGUUCCGUCAACCACGUCGAUGUCACCUCCGUCCAAGGGCUCGUUGACGUCCGCAAUCAGCUUGAUCGCUAUGCCGCCCCGGAAAGUGUCGAGUGGCACUUCGCGUCCAUCAACAGCAGGUGGACGAAGCGAGCUCUGACGGCGGCAGGCUUUGGAUAUAUUUCCACAGAUAAGCUGCGUGCUCGGUCCCACUGGACUCCUGUGUACUCGUUUGCGGCUCUGGACGAUGGUAGCGUGCGGGAUCCCAAGAAGGAGGACCUCGAAGCUGCCCAGCACGAUGCCGUCCGUGCGUCCGCUGGCAACAAUGGCAGCGGCUUUCCCAGCAAGGUUACUACUAUCCAUGGCCAAAACCGGCCCUUCUUCCACAUCGAUGUCCAGAGCGCAGUGGAGAGCGCAAUUGCGGGGAUUGAGGGUAAGCUGGCGCAUACUACUACGUCUGGGUCCAGCGAAGGCGUGGUCGAGGCGUCUCUGAAGCAGGGAUGA